AUGCAGUCGCCUGAAGAACGCUCCGUCAAAGUCUCGUCGGCCCUGUGGGUGACGGCAUGCACCCUGGGCGCAUCGGCAGUGAUCCUCGGCGCUUUUGGCAGCCACGGGCUCAAGCGCAUCAUCCAGGACCCAUCCAAAAUCGCCAGCUGGUCGACUGCCACCCAGUACCAAAUCUACCACUCGAUUGUCCUCCUGGGCGCCUCCCAGAUCCCCACCGCCCGCUUGUCCUCGGGCCUCUUCAUUACGGGCAUCACGCUCUUCUCGGGAUCGAUCUACUUGCUGGUGCUGAACCCCGCCCGCUUCCGUUUCCUCGGUCCGGUCACGCCUCUGGGUGGACUCUGUCUGAUCGGCGGAUGGAUCGCAUUGGCCUUUGCCAAGCCGGCCUCGAUGUUUGCAGGCCACCAUGGCUACACGGCUGCACCAACCAGCGAUCGCUCCGACUGA